CCCUCACACACCUGCACCUGCACUCCCUCACCCUCAUUCUGGCCUUUCACGCGGGCUUACUGCAUCCAUUUUCUCCUCCCGUCGCCAGCACGGCAUCUAGCCAACUUUUCUGCGGCCAUCGAUUUCUGUCGCGAAUAACCUCCAGACCCUGCUUCUCACAGCGCAGACGCGCUCCGAUCACGACCUGCAACGCCCGCAGCCGGAUACACAACAACACCAAACCAACAACCUCCCCAGAUUGUCACGACACCGGCCAUCGAGAGUUUUCGAACGUUCAACCUUACUAGGACUCGCAAUCAUUUACCCACACACAUCACUUGACGCGAACCCGGCUGGCGCGACCGGUUUACUGGCCAGACUGCCUGGAGCUCGAUCACUUCGCCACACCUCUCGCAGCGUGGCGACCAUGUGCACUGCGGCAGGGCUUGGUUGUUGAAUCGAUUGCUAUGGAUGCGCAGAAUGCUGUCGAGUCCGCAACCACUGGGCAGGCGACCUCCCCGUCGCGGCGCGCGGAGAAUCCCGCUGACUCCAAGGCGGCGUCUCACGCAGCUGCUGCCAUCAACAACGCCAGCACCCUAGUGAACGGUCGCAUCUCCCCAGAGCCCAAGGCCACGACGACAAGCAAUGGCGCAUCGCCCCCGGCAGAUGUGGAUUCCUGGCAUGAUCAAAACUCCGAUGCUGAGACCAUAGUGCUUGCUGGCAAAGAUGGCAUCUCUCCAUCCAAGCCACGUCAGGGCAAGUUCAUCAAGCACGAGGACAAGAGCGAUGGCGAAGUUGCGGACGUCCAAGCCGCCCCUCGGAAACCGCUCAAGUCAGGCCCUGAUGCUGCACGCAACGGCACUACUCGCGGAGAAGAAGAGGAGCGUCGACGGACAGCUCUGACUGCCGGAAAGAAACGCCCCCAGGAUCGCGAGAAGCAGCAACGAAACAAGGACAUCUCCAGCGGCCUGAGCUCGGUACCAGCCUCACCACCGCCUCAUCGCCGUCGCCGUUCAGGAGAUGCUCGAUCCGAAUCAGGAUCCGAGGGGCCACCUAGAGCUCGAGCACUGAGCAGUGGGUUGAAUCGGGAGAGGGUCAGGAAUGGGGACAAGAACUUCCCCACUAAGAGGAAAUCAGCCAAGGUAGAGUCUGAUGACGAAGAGCCCAAAAAAAUAAGGCGUCCUCGUGUGUCAGAUGCACACCCUGACUCUGUGACACCCAAGGAUCGUGAUCAGCGUUCCGUAUCCGCCAAGUAUCACCAAGGGGACAAGACGGCCAACGCAACCCGAGAUCGGUCCAGCUCGCCGCAUGGUCGGCCUCAUCGACGAAGUCUUUCGACACAGCUCCCUUCGCAAUCCUCCAAUGGGCUUGUCUCCAAAAAACGCCGCUUGCCGGCGCCAUUACAGGCCACCGAAUAUCAUUCUGAUGACUCGUCCGCGAGCGCCAGUUCUCAUCCACGGAACUCAAAGGUGCGACGGCUGGCUACUCCUUUGACAGCAGAUUCUACCAUGUCCCCAGCCACAAGAACCGGACACAAACGACACGUCGACAACCACGGGCAAACACAGUUUGCUAAAGCUUGCGCAAAGGGCGAGUACGAAGUGGCUAAACGGCGGCUUGGCGAGCGACCGGAGGAUCUGGAUUUUGCAGACUACGCAGGCAACACCCCACUUCAAGUGGCAGCGCUGAAUGGCCACGAAGAUAUCGUCAAGCUACUCAUCGAGGCCGGCUGCAACAUUGACUGCCGCAACAGUGACAAGGAAACUCCGUUGCUGGACGCAGUCGAAAAUGGCCACCUAGAAGUGGUCAAGCUACUGCUAGAUGCUGGUGUCAACCCCAGAAAGGCCGAUGCGGAGGGUCACGAGCCACUGGAGAAGGUGCCGGAUGACUUGGAUAACGCCGAAGAGAUCCGCGCUGUGUUGCGUGAGGCCAAGGAAAAGUCCGCAGAUUUACGGCCAUCAGAGGACCGGCAACCUCAAGACCUCGAUACGGUGUCCUCUCAAGGGCCGGACAGUCCCCGUCGUUCUCCUCAGGCCUCGGCAGCAGCUCAACGACGAGGCGGAACCAUGCGGUCAACAAAAACCAGUAAUCAUCUAUUGUAUAUGAACUUGGAUGAGAAGACGCUCCGGCACGCCGCCGCCCGAGGUGAUGAAGAGACUGUUACGCGCGUACUUCAAGUCAGGGAAGGCUGCGAUGACCCAGAAGCCUUGGUUGGUGCAGCGCGUGGUGGGCACAACGUGGUUAUGGAGCUCCUUCUGGCGUUGGGUGGCGCUAACCCUGACCCGGCACCUGUGAAGGGCCUGCCUCCGCAAUACAGCACCCCGAUGCUGGCAGCGAUCGGCCAGGAAAAUGCCAAAGUCAUCAAAUUGCUACUCAACCAAAGUGGUUUUGAUCCCACACGCCGAUUUAAAGGAGAGUGCUAUCACGAGAUCGCAAGGCGCCGCGAAGGACCCUUGUGGAAGGAAGAAGAGCACAUGCUGAAAAAUGCAUAUGAUGAGUACCGCAAAGCGAAAGGUCUGGGGAAGAAGGCAAGCUCAAGCAAUCGGCGAGAACGCGAAGCUGAGGGCGAGCCCAAAAGGAUGACCCGGAAAGAAUCCAGCCCAGAAACAUCUCGGCCUCCCAAACGACGCCCGUCAAGUGUUAGUCGAGAGGGGGAGCCGAAAAAGAAGGUCCAGUCGGCCAAGUUGGUCGGCAGUCCCAAAGAGAAGCGCCGUGCCGACAUAUCUGGUCAUCAAGAAGAACCAUCCUCACCAAAGCGCGCCUCUGCGCGACCAAAGAAAGACGAGGUAAUAGUCAACACGAAUUCAGAUCGAGAGUCGACUCCCGGCGGAUCAAAGAUUCCAGCACCGAAACCGAAACGGGCAGAGUCAGAUCUCGCCGCUGGUUCAUCUGAUGGCGAGGCAUUUAAGCCGCGCCGUAAGCUCAUUUCUGGGCGCGACUUGAAAGGCCAACGUGAUAGACAACGCCGGUCGAGCAUGGCAUCCACGGCUUCCAACGACAGAGGUGACGUCAAGGCUGACGAUGCUCACGAAAAGCCACGCGCAGAGCGUCCAUCCGAAAAAUACCACGAUCGUACCAAGGCUCUCAAGCGCGAUGACUCGAGGGACCGUCACUCAGGCGGCGAGGGUAACGGCAAACGCCAUCGUGCCAGUGUUACUCCGCCACGUCACGGCACAAGCGAGAAGGAUGACGGUGAAGCGCCCUCUAAGAGGAGGCGGCUUGAUGCCGAUAACCGGGAACCUCGACACGUGGCAGGCGCAUCUCCCGACGGACGGAAGAAGAAACGGGAGACAUCUCCAGAGAACCACAAACGUCCUCGAAUUGAAGAGCCCGAGCGCAAAGACAAGGUGCAAAAGGUGAACCGGGAACGAGCACUCUCCGUCAAGUCGACGACGUCAGAGCGCGGCAGCAUAACUGUUGCGUCAGAUGUGCCUGAAAUCGAGAUGCGCGACGCUCACAUGUCCGAAGGCGAGAUCACCGACGACCUUCAAGCCAAGGAAACUGCAAAGAAAGAGACCAUGAAGAAGCGGCAGGCCGAGAUCGCUGAGCAGGAGAAGAGGGAUGAGGAGCGGAAGCGGCGCGAGGAACAGGAGGAGGCCCGGAGACGCGAAGAGCUGGAGAAAGAGCGUGCUGCAGAAGAGAAGCGGCAACAAGAUGAGGCUGCGAAGAAGCAGGCCGAGGAAGAGGAACGGAAACGUGCAGCGGCGGCGGCGGAAGAAGAACGACGCCGACAGAAGGAGCAGGAAGCGGCAGAAAAGAAGCGCCUCGAGGAAGAGGAAAAGGCCCGUGUCGAAAAGGAGCGUCUCCAGCGUGAAGAGCGCGAGCGGCAGGAGAAGGAAGAGGCUGAGCGCAAGCGAAAGGAAGAGCAGCGAAAGCAGGAAGAGGAAGCAAAGAAGCUGCGAGAGGCCGCUGAGGAGGAGAAACGGCGCGAGGAAGAAGCCAGAAUCCGUCGCGAGCGUGAGGCGGCCGAGGAAGCCCGCAAGCUUCGCGAGGAAGAGGAACGGAAAGAGCGCGAGCGGAAACGGGCUGCACGCGAAGCUGAGAGGGAAGCCGAGCUUCAGCGCAUCCGUCAGGAGCAGGAACGCGCCCGGCUGUCCAAACUCCCUCCCGUCCUGCGCUGGCUCGACACAUGCCCGGAUCCAAAGCAGCGACAGUAUGCAGAACUUUUCGCCAUGGCACAAGGUGUCCGCUACGACACGAUCAACCCAGAAGCGACUGGCACAGCAGCCGGUCGGGAGCAGUGGCUUCUCAACACCCAGGUCGCGCUUCUGCUGGGCGACAAGGAUCUGUCGCUCUCACGAUACACCGCAUGGGAGAAAGUCAAGGCCUCCAACAUUGCGAAGAAAGUCAUCUGGAGGCUUGAGAACGAGCGUUACGCCCUGACACAGGGUAAGCUGUACGGACUUGGCAUGCAACUUCCUGACUACUUUGAGGGGAAUCCGCUCCAGAUGGGCUACAAGCAGCUCGAGAAGCUGCGUGGCGACGCCGCCAAGCUGUUCUUUGACAUGGACCUAUGGUUUGUCAAAGCUUCUGACUUUCUGUUCAUGGUCCCCAACUUUCCUCACCUCCAGGAUGUCAAGAUCUCGAUAGACUACCGCGAGCUUCCCGAGACCGAGUCCGCGCUCAACACCUGGGGCGCUACACCUGCGAAGUGGAAGCAGGACCCCGAUGCCAGCAGCCGGGGCUACUUUGCGCCGCGAUGGAAGUACUAUGUCAAUGGGCAGUUCGCCGGCGAAGAUCGGCCGAAAAGCUACAAGCUCAGCCACGACCCGCCUCCCGAGCGCCGUGUGCCAAGGCGUGGUGGACUGAUUGCAGUCACGCCAGAGGAGCCCGACUACGCGCGGCUCUGUCUGGAGCAAGGUCUUGGCCACCUCCUCACUGAGGAGCAGAGACAGGCUGCCCUCGCCGGAGCUCAUCUCACGCCGCAGAGCAUGGUCUCCAAUGAGGCAGUCGAGGAGAGCCAACAGAUGUCGCCAUCGGAGCGCAGCUCAACGAAACCCGUGGCCGGUAGUGCGAAUGAGCCUACCUCGCCUCUCGCGCAGUAGACGACUACUGCCGUUUUCAUGACCGCAUUACAUUUACUACUACACACUCACGCAUGACGUCUUCUUUCGUACGAACUGCAUAGGUCUUAGCCAGAAGCCGAAUUCUUGAUUAGCCAAAGAAACAUUUUUGUGACGGAUUUCUACAUUGUCCUCAGGCGCCGCCGUGCAUGACAAAGGCCUGACCAGAGUGUCAUGCGAUGAGGGCAGAUGAGGGACACUUUGUGUGUGUUUUUGGCGCGUUGGCAUAGAACGAAGGAAACGAGAUGAUCUUAGCAACGGCGAUUGGCGUUUGUGUCUUGGGUUUCCGCUCUUUGGAUCAUGCCGAUGAGGGGGUAUGUAGCGUGCAUAUUGGGAUUGAUGUCAGUUCACUUUGGGCACUUCUGAUGAGGAUGACACUCCCUUUUUAUGGUG